UGCGCAUGCAGCACGGAGGAAGGAAGUACCCAAACAAAGUGGACUAGUGCGGAUAGACGACCACCUCUGGAGUAAAAAGACAACAGUUGAAGAGCAGUUUUAUAUCAGAGCUCGUUUCAGUCACUACGUGGAGUUAAAAUGAGGUUUUUGCACCGUUGCUGACUGAACAGCGAACAACGCGACGUCUGACUGCAGGAGCAGAUCCAUGGUCUCAUGACCAGACAUCUAGAAAUAACCAGCAAAGAUGAUUCUUACUGCUUGAAGACCAACUAUUUUUGAAAAAAUGAGCCAAAAAUAUGAAUCAACGAACGUGUCAGAGGUGGAGGAACACAUCUCUGUCAAGUAUGAAAUCAAGAAAAGGCUUGGGAAAGGGGCUUAUGGCAUCGUAUGGAAAGCUGUUGACAGGCAGACAGGUGAGAUCGUGGCUGUGAAGAAGAUCUUCGACGCCUUCAGGAACAGGACAGAUGCUCAGCGGACAUUCAGAGAAAUCAUGUUCCUCCAGGAGUUUGGAGAUCACCCCAACAUCGUCAAACUUCUAGAUGUGGUCAGGGCUCAAAAUGAUAAAGACAUUUACCUCAUCUUUGAAUACAUGGAUACUGACCUGCAUGCUGUGAUAAAGAAAGGCAGUCUACUAAAGGACAUUCAUAAACGUUAUGUGAUGUAUCAGCUCCUCAAAGCCAUCAAAUACCUGCAUUCAGGAAAUGUCAUCCACAGGGACCAAAAGCCUUCCAACGUGCUGCUGGACACCGAAUGUGUAAUUAAACUGUGUGAUUUUGGCUUGGCCAGAUCACUAAACCAGAUCCAGGAGGACAGUGGGAAUCCAGCACUGACAGAGUAUGUGGCGACGCGGUGGUACAGAGCUCCUGAGAUUCUGUUAGGAUCUGCAAGGUACACUAAAGGUGUGGACAUGUGGAGCCUCGGUUGUAUCCUGGGAGAGAUGCUGCUUGGAAAAGCCCUGUUCCCUGGAACAUCCACCAUCAACCAAAUAGAGAAGAUCAUGAGUGCCAUACCACACCCCAGCCCAGAGGAUGUUCUUGCAAUCAAGUCUGAAUAUGGAUCAUCUGUCAUCCAGAGAAUGUUACUGAAACCACAAGUGCCUUUGGAAGAUCUUCUUCAGCCGUCUGUGCCUGCUGAUGCUCUCGAUCUGUUGAAAGGUUUGCUGGUUUUCAACCCAGACAAGCGUCUGACUGCGGAACAAGCCCUCCAACACCCAUACGUAGCCAGGUUUCAUAAUCCAGCCAAGGAGCCAGCUCUUAACUUCGAUGUAGUUCUGCCUGUGGAUGAUGAUGUACAACUGUCUGUUGUUCAGUACCGCAACAAACUGUAUGAGAUGAUGCUGGAGAGAAGGACCAAUCAGGGCAUGCUGAAGCUAGUUAAGCCAAAAGAUGGAAGCUGUGUCAGUAAUGAGGAGAAGACAUGUGUGAAGGAGAGAACAGAGCGGGGUCCAGAAGAGCCAAACGGUUGUGGACAUAAGGACGAAAAGACUGUUGAGAUGAACCUCCUUCCCUCACAGACAGGUGUUGCCAAACCUGGGCCUGUGCAUGCACUGAUCCCACCUGCUGUGGAGAAGACGAGUCCUUUAUCUAACUCUGACCUGGGAAAAGUCACAUAUAACCCCAUCACACACGCUCCAAAUGGGUUUGUUCGUAAUCCAUCUGGUCCUCCUCAUAACUACAAUGCCUCUGCAGCCAACAGGAGAGCAGCAGACCUGAACACUAAUGGCAAUGCAACCUUAUUACCAACAGAGGGCGCCAACAGUAACACUUCCAUGGACCAGAUCCUCCAGCGUGGUCGCUCAGCCCCUGUGGCCCACAAUCGUUCCUUCUCCUUGACCCUAAACCAAACCCAGAACAACCCACUGGUUCGCAAGGAAGACCCAUCCCUGUCCGCUGGGCUUUCUGUCACAUCUGCUCGCCUGAACCAGCGUUCAAACACUCAGACACGACCGCCACCGAGGUUCAGCAAGAAAGUAUUUCAGAGUAACUGUAAUGUUGCUGCUGCCGGCGACCCUCGCGCCAAACUGGGCAGCUACUCUCAGGCUUACGGUACCAUCAACAAGACAGACUUGGACAAUCUGCUCCGAAGCCGUCCUUACAACCAGUAGCUGUUGUGAAGUCAGGGAGUACUUAACAGCAGGGUGGCAUGUGUGUUUGAACUCAUUACUGAGGAGGAUGCUGCACAUGUGGGAAACAGGAAGAAGAUGGUUACACCUUUGUGUAUUCUGUGAGGAUUGUACACUGUGUCUGUGUGUUUGUAAAAAUCAAUAUCAAACUUUACCAAAUGUACUCUCAGAGUUAAACAUGUAGCUUAUGACCAUAUGAGCUUUAAGGAUUGAACUCCAAGCCAGUUGGUCUCAGAAUACCUGUAAAAUAUGCAAAUAGUUUAAAAUGAUUGUAUGCAACAGUUAUUUCCUUACAUGUAAACCCAGCAGCAAUAAGCCUUUUUGUUUCUGUUGUGUGAUGGAAAAGAUGAGUGUUUCUUGGACCCAAUUUGUUUAAAAUUUAACAGACAUUGUUAAAAGUGGCAGCAAGUCACCAUAAAGCUUAGAAAUA